AUGGCUGCGUGGCCCGUGCACCACCGGAAGUUCGUCCGUUAUUUUCGCUACGACAGCUGCCUCCAAGGACAACCACAAGACACGUUUCUCAGGUUGCUCAUCUGUAACACUACACUGUCCUUAAAGAACUACCAAUUCAGAAAUGGACUACGGCGGAUGCAUCAUCUCCGAUUGGACCAAUCCAUCGAUGCCAUCAUCUACGUCACCGUGGUGUUCGUCAUGUUCGCAGCGAUCAUUCUCCUCCUGGUGAGCACCAACUGCCGACGCUUUCAAACGGAGACGACCCUCAGGAAACCCAAGGGUCAACAGAUGGUAGUGCAUUUUCAGGAGAACAGGACCGUCGUAUCCACAGAAGCAGUACCACAGGAGAUAGUCUGAACCGCACCCUUCAAACCCUUGGAAAGGACGACGGAACUGGACAUGUGCCUAAUCCCUGCAACGCCGCAAGGCGACGAAACGCUUCUUUUAAUACGCGGCAAAUACCGUUAAUACAGAAAGAACGUGUUGGAUACGGCCAAUACAAAGACAGUUUGGUGCGCUCUACCAUCAAGUAUUGAGACCAAGCUGAUCGGUGUGAAUAGUUCGUAAACCUUUCUUACUUUUUUUUUUAACAGUCGAAUCCAAUUUUAUAGAGCAAAAGUCAGUACUGUUUGUUGCUGCCACCAUCAGGCGUUAUUCAGCGCUAACUCCCUGUGUUUGUUAACUUAUGUACUAAAUUAUUUCGAACAUGGAAAGAAUUAAUGUAAUCUGUCGAUAGUUCGCUAUUCAAUAUUAUAAUAAGACGCACUACAGCUGUAUAAUGAUGCGUUUCCUAAGGACACAUAGCUUUCGUGUUUCGUGUUUUAUAAAUGGUCAGAGUAACCGGUACGGUGCGAAGUAUAUAUUUACGUUUCCUAUCUAAACUGUCGACACGAUGAGGAUGUUGUCCCCCGCCUAGGUCGUUCCCAUAUUGUUUAAGUAUUUGCUUCUUAUUCUUUUUUUUGGGGGGGGGGAACUUAGUACGGGCUGUGCGCAGUUUAAUUAUGUCAUCUAUGAUAUGUAAACGUUUACUUGCAUAUUACAUUUUUCUGAAAUUUCAUAUAUUUAAUUAUUUUGUUACACGCUAUACCGCACUGCACUUUUAUACGUAUUGUUAUAUAUAUUCAGCUUCAUUUGUACUUUACGCAUGUAAUUACAUAUUCGAUUUUAUUUCAAUGUCAGAAAUUUAAUCGCAUACUCAAUUAAGUCACGCUUUCACACAUUUAUUUACAUCCCCCUUCAGUUUUUUUCUUUUGUCUUUUUCAUUUAAGUAGUUGCGUACAUUAAAUUCACAUGUCUCAAGCACAAGUUGAACUUUUCGUUCGCCGGUGUCUCCAUUAAUUCGUAGCGAGCUCUUCAUCAGUGCGACACUUCCUCAUUUUUGUCGGAUACGACAAGCCGGUUUUCCAUUAACUUUCUACCAUCUAAUAAUCGAUUGGGUGAUCGAUUAUCAGAAGCAGGUGAUGAAUAGCUACAUCCUGUCGUUGAAAGGGUGUCGUUUCAUUCAGAUGUUCAACGUGCUGCGCGACGGGUUCUUUCAUUUGAGCACUGUUCAUUGACGGAACAGUCUGGAGCCUCCGACUGGGUUUCAGGUUAACGUUGUAUUUGGCUGUGUGUAACGCGUAGAAUGCCGCAUGAGAAAUUGUGUUCAACAGAACAUCUCAGUUUUGAAGGUAAACAAGAAUAUCGAACCGCAUGUUCGCAUUUAGUUUCGUGACGUAGGCAUGGGCAGCCGCACGUUUUGCACGCAUCACAAGGAUGUGCCAAGGCAGCGCCACCUAGGUGCACACAGCACCUUCGCGUCUCGCUCCUUCGCAACGCGGACACGUGUCGUCUGCUUCAACCAAUCGUAGCAGACGAUUUCAGACAUAGGAUUUCUGUGGCUACCACUGGCAGCCCAUGUGACUGGUGGCGGCUCGUUUCCAUAACUACGGCCGCUGAAAGCGCGGUCCCGAUUGGCGGACCCCUAAUGACUACAUCACGCCGUUUAACGGGUCAGGCUUUCUUUAUCGAUAUGGCGUUGGGUCUAGGAGGUGCAGGUGAUUGUGCACUGUCUUGAUUUGUGAUAAAACGUAAUCGGCAAGUUUUGUCUCUAAUGGGUGGCUUCCAUGCUUGACAGAAUCAAAACCGGAAGCUGUUGACUGUGACGUUAUGGCAGGGAAGCCGCUAAGUAAAUAGAAACAAUUAAAACGGUUAGCCGGGAUUCUAGUCGUAAGAUUUUGUACGCUCUAAUAAGAAAGUAGUAGUUUUAUAACCUUGUCAGUCUUCAAUCAUCAUUCAAACCAAUGACCGUUGAACAUGCCGUAGCGGCUCCUAGCGUGUAACGUGUCGACCAAAAAGAGAGCAUUGAAUCCAGUUUCAUUUGAGUAGUUGAAGCGUUAUACGCUAGGUGGCUUAUGUUCAAUGGCCAUUAGCUUCAAUGAUUAUUGUAGACUGUUCGUGUGACAAGAAUAUUAGUCCCUUUGAGGAGUAGAUGCAUAGAUCCAACCAUUAGUUCCUAUCGAAGGUUAGGGACUAUUCGCAGUGCUGGGGAGUACAUUUCAGGGUCAAGUGACGAAAAUGGAGAGAAAUUGCAAUCUAGGGAACCAGAAGCUCUAUUCUAACAUAACUCUAAUUGCUCCCCGAUUUACUAAUUUCUUUUCUUCUUGGAAUGUACCGCCACCCUGAGAAUUAUGAGGAUGUGUGCGACAACGUUUGCUUAACUUUGAUUUAGGCCUGGAAUGUGGCUUCAAAUCCUGUUAAUGUUGAUAGAUAGGUCGUUACACUGAGAUGAAGUUGUACAUACGCGCACAUACAGUACAUAUGACCACAUCCUGAGAUGCCAUUGACGUUGUUAUAAAUGGUGCAGAGGUCCGUAAUCGACAUUCAAUGUUACAUAUCACGAUGUAUUAUUAAACCUUGGAAUGAAAUAUAUUUGAGAAUAAAAGGCAUACGUCGCACGUUUGGGUAGAACACACACACAAAAAAAAACAAGAAAGUAUACAUGUUGUCAAGUUUUGCUUCGUGUUUUAAGAUUCAGAGAGAUGUGUGGUUAUCGGGAUUUACUAGCAAUAAUUCCUGUACUUCUUUUUUCGAGAAUUAAACUGAUAUGCCGACUUCA